UGCACGGCGGGGUAAUGUAACAUCAAUUUAGUUAAAAUGGAAGGGAUCGUACAAUUAUUGUAAAGAGCUUGGAACUCUUGCAAAUGAGUAAGUUUUUGAAAGAGAUGUGCCUACGAACCGAGGAUCAUUCUGCGCUCCAAUCACUGGCAAUAGAUCCCAGCCAGAGGAUGUCGAGCAGGUGGAAGUGCAUGCCUCAAAAAGUCGCAACCAGGACUUUCCAUUGCAAGGAAAAAGAUGUGAAAGUGAUUACCAGUGGCUCCUAAAACAGGAAGUAUUCCCUGGUCGAAUUUCGCGCUGAUGUUCAAGUGUGUGCGUUCUUUCAGGAAGUUGAAGCAAACAUGUAUCCGCUGGACUACGCAGAACGCAGGCCGUAGCUCAGUGGCAAAUUGAUAUGGAAUUGGGUAUUGGUUCGCUUUAUAGAAUAGAAAUACUAGGAAUUGACUGUAGAACUGAUAAGGCCUCUGUGCCUGAUCGAAUGCCAUGCAUUCUGUCACGCAUUGGUGUAACACAAUUCAGUAGCCUUGUUUUUCGGAAUGGGAUACUUUAGGAUUUCCAAUAGCCUAAAACGUUACUGAUCGACCCACUUUUUAAACCAUCAAACUGCAGAGUAGGGAAAUAGUGCCACUAAUGUCACUAAUUCAUGUACAGUUAGUUAUACAACGACCUUACAUCGUUUGCGCAGUGUAAUAGAAAGUAUCACCAGAAAGAAAUCAGCAUAACAGUUGCUAUUUCUAAUCCAUUUGAAUAGCCAAAAAGCUUACGUACGAUUUUACGAGAGUCUCUAAAGUUACAUCUUCUUGUAUACAAGCAUCAUUAAGAAGGUACCCGUGCAUGAUCAAAACCUUUUCUUUUGAAAGUGCACCAAGGAUUUCAACCACACAGCCGUCGAUUUAAUACCGACUUAGGCAACACAUUGAACUUGUAACUCUAUACAAGCUGUUAUGAAAAACUCAAUAUCGAAGGACGAAGGACCCGAUUGAUUAAUUCAGUCGAGCCAUAUAUCGGUCUACAUGCUUUAGAUUAGUUUAAGUUUGAAGACAAGUGUUUGUGAGAUCCAGCUGAUAACCGAAAGUGAUAAGGGCUUCCUUUGAACGUGAUCAAUUUAAUUAGGCAGUGGC